UAUUCAUAUUUUCCCCACCUGGUUUAAAUUGUUUAAACGUAAAGAUGUGUGGUGAUGUGUUGGCGUAUAGCUGCAUUUUAGCUCGCUGGCUCCUGUUAGCUAAUAGCGAGUGAUGUCCUUUAGCCCUUGAGUCUAACGUGUUAUGUCUGAUUUCUGAUGUAGAUGCUGUUUGUUGUCAGACUGUUUGUAUUGAGUGACUGUGUGUGUGUGUGUGCGCGCUGUAUCUGUAUUUAAGCGGGCAUCUGCUGUGAGUGAUGGCUGACCAGGCCAAACGAGGAAGGCUGAAGGUGACCCCUGUAGGAGCAGUUGCGGGUGAUGGCCCUCACAGCAGACACACACUCCUUGGGAAGCCCAAGAAGACAGCAAAGGCCAGAAGUGCCUCAGAACAUUCUCAGAAGGGGUCGAAGCAGCAGGAGGUUAAGAGUCCUAAAGAAGAAAGCACAGACAUGGAAAUGGCUGAUGACGUGAGGUUUCAAUUAAGGCUGAAAGAGGAGGCAGAUGAUGAGGACUUUGUGACGGGGAAGGCGGCGAUAGACAGGAAGAGGAAGAGAGAGCCUACAGACGGUCUUUCCUCCUCCACAAUACUUUCUUUGCAUAAGAAGAAGAAGGUGACACCAGAAUGGGAUGGAGAGACUGGUGUGGGGAAGAAAAAGAGAAAGACAGACAGAAAAGAGAAGAACGUAGUGAAAGAAGAGGGGACGCACCAUCCUAUCCCCACAAAGAAAUGGACAAGAGAGCAGGUGGAGGCGUCCAAGGCCCUCAAGAUCAAGAAGCAGGAGGAGGAGGAGCAGCAGCGUUGGCGCUGGUGGGAGGAGGAUAAGUAUGAAGAUGGCAUCAAGUGGAAGUUUCUGGAACACAAAGGGCCGUAUUUUCCUCCCAAGUAUCAGCCCCUCCCCCAUGAUGUGAAGCUCUACUACGAUGGGAAACCUGUGAAGCUUGGUCUUGCUGCUGAGGAGGUGGCCCUGUUUUUUGCACAGAUGCUGGACCACGAGUACACCACUAAAGAGGUUUUCCGAAACAAUUUCUUCCGGGACUGGAGGAAGGAGAUGACAGAGGAGGAGCGGGUGCUGAUCACUGACCUGAAUAAAUGUGACUUUGGAGAGAUCCACGCCAUGCACAGAGAGAGAGUGGAGACCCGGAAGAACAUGAGCAAAGACGAGAAACAGACUCUAAAGGAGGCCAAUCAGAAGAUUAUGGAUGAGUAUGGAUACUGCCUGUUAGACCACCAUCGGGAGCGUGUUGGGAACUUCAAGAUUGAGCCUCCGGGCCUUUUCCGUGGAAGAGGAGAGCAUCCCAAGCAGGGAAUGCUGAAGAGGAGAAUUCAGCCUGAAGACGUGGUCAUCAACUGCAGCUGGGACUCUCGUUUCCCUGAGCCCCCUGCUGGGCACAGAUGGAAGGAAGUUCGUCAUGACAACACAGUAACAUGGCUGGCUAGCUGGACUGAGAACGUGCAGGGUUCCUUCAAAUACGUGAUGCUCAGUGCCAUCUCCAAACUCAAGGGAGAGAAAGACUGGGAAAAGUACGAGUUGGCUCGCAGGCUGAAGUCUCGUGUAGAUGACAUCCGACUCCAGUACCAGAACGACCUCAAGUCCAAGCAGAUGGUCACUCGCCAAAGAGCAGUGGCCCUCUAUUUCAUCGACAAGCUCGCUCUGAGAGCAGGAAAUGAGAAGGAGGAAGGUGAGACUGCCGAUACCGUGGGCUGCUGCUCCCUGCGCGUGGAGCACAUCACCCUACAUGAUGUGCUGGAUGGAGAGAAGUGUGUGGUGGAGUUCGACUUCCUGGGAAAAGACUCCAUCCGCUACUACAACAAGGUUCCUGUCUCUAAGAGGGUUUUUAAAAACCUCAAGCUUUUCAAGGAAAGUAAGCAAGAGGGAGACGACCUUUUUGAUCGUUUGAACACUGCGAUGUUGAAUAAGCACCUAAGCUCUCUCAUGCCUGGUCUCACAGCCAAAGUGUUCAGGACCUACAACGCCUCCAUCACACUACAGGAACAACUCCGGGAGCUCAGCACCACAUCAGAUAACAUGGCAGAGAAGCUACUCUCUUAUAACAGGGCAAACCGCGCGGUUGCAGUUCUCUGUAACCACCAGCGAGCGCCACCAAAGACCUUCGAGAAGUCCAUGGCCAACCUACAAACAAAGAUUGAGAGCUGUAAGGAGAAGCUGGCAUUGGCUAAGAGGGAACUGAAACAGACCAAGGAGGAGGCCAAGGGGAGCUCGGACAGCAAGCUGCUCACUACGGUGGAGAAGAAGAAGAAGGCAGUCCAGCGUAGUGCUGAGCAGCUGCUGAGGAUGGAGGUCCAGGCUACUGACAGAGAGGAGAACAAACAGAUCGCCCUGAGCACCUCCAAACUCAACUAUCUGGACCCACGGAUAACCGUGGCCUGGUGUAAGAACAUGGAGGUGCCACUGGAUAAAGUUUACAAUAAGAGUCUGAGGGCCAAGUUUGCCUGGGCUGUUGAGAUGACCGAGCUGGACUUUGAGUUCUAACACUACAUUCUGCACAUAAUUCCUCUUGAAUCAUUAAUUUAAGUAACUUUUAACGUGAAAUUGUUGACACUUUUGCAGCUAAGGUUUUAAAAGUCUGUUGGCACUUUUAAACAUGUUUUAAUGAGAAAACAAAAACAUAAUAAAUUUCAAUGAAUGCAUGCUAAUAAGAAUCCCUGUCAAAUCUGUUUUCUCCAAAAGAAAAAUUAAAAAUGUCCUGCCGGUAAUCUUUAACCUGUGACUUUAAUCUAAACACUACGAGCCUGUCUUUUUAAACCUUCACACACCACCUGGGCUGGUGCCAGAUGAUUGUAUGAUGAUUGUUCAAUAACAGUGAAUACACAGUCUAUACUUCCUGACAUCUUGAUGAACGUUUGACUCAGGAGUCCUUGUCUAGGUAACCACUCCGUUCCUACACUAGGUGAGCUGGAGUCCGCGCAGUGGGAGAUGCACACGACAUAUAGGCUCUGUCAGCUUGCAUGAGUUUCUUUUCAUUCAGUGAACUGGUCUGAUGGUAAAACUAACCAGU